ACCACCGCCGCCGUAGCCGCCGCCCCCACCACCUCUUCUCUUUCCUUCUUCUCCUUCUCUCUCUCUAAAGAAAUGGGAAACCUUGACAAAGCAGUUGCAGCCAUAUCUCCGGUUGCUGUUCCUUCUCCUUUCUCUUACUCACCAUCUUCUUCUGCUGCUUCACCAUCUUCUCAGUCUUCUCCUGGUAUUCCUUCUCCUUCUCAGUCUUCUCCAACUCUUACUCCUUCUCUUCCUCCUCAUCCUUCCCCUCCUUCUGUUGUUCUUAGCCCUUGCGCUGCCUGCAAAAUUCUUCGCCGGAGAUGCGCCGAGAAAUGUGUUCUAGCUCCUUAUUUUCCUCCCACUGAACCUUACAAGUUCACCAUUGCUCAUAGAGUCUUUGGUGCCAGCAACAUCAUCAAGUUCCUGCAGGAAAUCCCAGAGUCUCAGAGAACAGAUGCAGUGAGCAGCAUGGUUUAUGAAGCAAAUGCAAGGAUUAGAGACCCAGUUUAUGGUUGUGCAGGUGCAAUCUGCCAGCUUCAAAAGCAAGUAAAUGAGCUUCAAGCUCAACUGGCUACAGCACAAGCUGAAGUAGUGAACCUGCAAUGUCAGCAAGCCAAUUUGGUUGCUCUGAUUUGCAUGGAAAAAAUGGCACAAUCUAAUCAUCUUCAAGAACCCAAUUUUGAGCAGCAACAAUAUAUUGAUACAAGCUGCUUUCUAGAUGAGACCAAUUUGGGCACAUCCUGGGAGCCUCUGUGGACAUGAUGGAAAAAAAAAAGCUAAAUUAUGAUCAAGCCUUCAAAAGAAGGCAUUAUAAAAUGAGGAAAAAAAAACUCAAAGAAAAAAUUUUUCAAUAAAGUUGAUUUAAUUAGUUAUGGUUAGAUAUUAGUCAGUGAUGAUUUUCCAUUUAGUCUAAAAUCGACUAAUGGAACCUUUGAAAAAGAAAACUGAUUGAUGUUGAUGGGGUAGCUGUCCUACUAGUAUUCAUUCAUUUUCUAGGCUAUGGAAAAUAGAUGCAUAUACAUAUGUAUAUGCAUAACAUUGAAGGAAACAAAAGGGCAGAAAAAGAAAGGAGCUAGCUAGCUAGAUCAUGAAUGAUUCUUGUGCUAAUUAUUCUUGAAUCAAAGAAAUUUUAGAUAUUGUUGA